AUGUUUAGUGAAUAUAUCGAGGGAGAAGUCUGUGGACAUGGGUGUCGACGUCCUGAAGGGUGUCAUGAACAUUGGAGAUCUAAAAAACGUGUUUUAUGUGAUGAUUGUGGAAAACCUACAGCUUCUGCUUGUGGACGUUGCAAAAAACAUUCUAAAGGAUAUUAUGUCAUGCAAUUUUAUGCUCGACAACUUCAGAUGCUUGAAGACCACCCAUGA